AUGAUCCGUGGUUACACAGGCGCCAUGACUAACGGCACCACUCUCUUCAGCGCCGCGUUGGCCGUCCUGGGCCUCCUCCCGGCGUCCAUCAGCUCCGCCGGGAUAGACCACGCGACCUGGCCGGCGAUUGACAUUGAUCCUCUCAUCAAGGAGAACCUGGCGCGGGCGUACAAGGCGGCAGACGACCCCAACGGGGGGCCCGAGGUCGCUGCCGCAUUCACCCCGGACGGGUCAUUCAUCGACCUGGGGAAGACAUUUACAGGGCGCGAAGUCAUUUCCAACGCCAUCACCACCGCGUUCAGCAGCGGCUUCUCGGAGCAAAGACACACCAUUUACGCCGUGUUUGCCGACCAGAGCCCCGGUCUUGAGCUCAUGCUGCGUGGUAAUGCCAAGGUAUGUGCGGAUGAACCCUUCCGGUUCCUAGGAAUGGCAGCGACUGAGACGCGAUCAAAGGUCAAGAUGGAUAACGGGUCGACCCUCGAAGGGGACUUUGUGGCGUGGGCGGUCAUAGACAAAGCGAGUUACGAGGCUGGCGAUCCAAAGAUGUCGCUUCUGCAUGUCUUUUCUGCGUAA